AAUUAUUAUGCCGAACUGUUAAUUAAAAGCAUAAUUGUGAAAUAUACUGGAAUAAUGGAUGUAAAGAUUCAGUCUGAUGGAAAGAUUUUUGCUAUAGCUGGAUGGAAUGCAAAGUAUGUUGAAACCUGA